GGCAACCUCAGAGAGGAAGAGGAGAGAAGAGGGGGCAGAGGACCGGGGAGUUAGAGCAAGAGAGGGAAAAAAAAGAAGAAGCGCUGAAAGAAGCCUGACAUAGUUUUGUAAGAAAAUGUGGAAAAAGAUGUAAGGGAGCUUGGGAGCGCUCUCCCCGGGAUGGAAGACGGGAUUACUGGCCCUGCUGAAACACACUGUGGAUGUCUGAGGAACGCAGCAGGAGAUAACGCGGGGAUGACUGGAUUCUUACAGCCUUUUUCUCGAAAUGGGAACUAACUGUGCCCAGUUUCGCUGUAGUGCAAAGAUGGGGCGAAUUCAUCGCUCAUUUAGGGCUCAGCGAUGGGGCCGUGAGGGAUCUAAAUCAUGUUGAGUGGAUAUUUUUACCUGGCAACUAUCAUAGUGCGCAAAAUUUGGAACGACUGCUUCUCCUGACGAGCAGAACGCUUUUACUGACGGCUUGUUAUGAAUGCAACAGAUCUCCAUGGGUGUGUGUGGGAUGUUGUGUCAGGGCUGAAACCCAUCCCUCUCCCAUGAGCCUGUGUACCCACACGCACACACACGGCGCCUCGACGCACGCACUCGGCGCCCACGCACCCACAGCCGGCACCGACGCUGUGAACUGGACCCUCGGAGCCCGGCGGAGCCCAGCCGAGCCAAGCGGAGCCGAGUCUAGCCCACUUGGAGCCUGAGGAUGUCAACAGAGACGGAGCUCCAGCCAGCGGUCAGGCCCAGCAGCGUCAGACGGGACUCCAGGAGGAAAGGGCAGGAUCGCAGCGAGGCAGCUCUCAUCAGGCGUUUUAAGGGCGAUGGCGUCCGCUACAAGGCCAAACUCAUCGGCCUGGACGAGGUCACCGCCGCCCGCGGAGACAAGCUCUGCCAGGACUCAAUGAUGAAGCUCAAGGGUGUAGCUGCUGCAGCGCGGUCUAAAGGAGAACACAAGCAGAAGGUGUUUCUAACCGUUUCCUUUGGAGGGAUCAAGAUCUUUGAUGAGAAGACGGGGAUCCUCCAACACCACCAUGCAGUCCAUGAAAUCUCCUACAUCGCCAAGGACAUCACGGACCACAGAGCCUUCGGUUAUGUCUGCGGGAAGGAGGGAAAUCACCGAUUUGUGGCCAUCAAAACUGCACAGUCGGCCGAGCCUGUGAUCCUGGACCUGCGGGACUUGUUCCAGCUCAUUUAUGACAUAAAGCAGAGAGAGGAGAUGGAGAAGAAGGCCCAGAAAGACAAGCAGUGUGAGCAGGCCGUCUACCAGACGAUACUGGAGGAGGACCUGGAAGACCCGGUCUACCAGUACAUUGUGUUUGAGGCCGGACACGAACCCAUCCGUGACCAAUCAGAAGAAAGCAUUUAUCAGGUGCCCACCAGUCAGCAGAAGGAAGGGGUCUAUGACGUCCCAAAGCGACACCCAAACAUCAGCCAGUUAGAGAUUUUCGGAGACAUGUCCACGCCACCUGACAUAACCUCCCCGUCCACCCCGGCGUCCCCCGCCAACACCCUCGACCCCUCGCAGGGCCUGCAGCCGCCCACGGAACUGUUCGCUCCCUUCAAUCCUGCGUCCGUGCCCUCAGGUUAUAUGACGAUGGGAGCAGUACCUCCUGGCCACUGGUCCCAGCAGGCGUUUGCUGCCCAGACGCCGCUAGCCUUCGGGGUCCAGUCCCCUCUGGGCCCCGUGGCCCAGGUGAUACCGGGCGGACAGCCUCUGAUCUGGGGCCAGGCCAACAUCUUCCCCGCAACCCAGCAGCAAUGGGCCGCCAUGGCGGCUGGAGCCUUCUCCCCGACAGCCUACCUCCCGGCCCAACCCAUGGGCACUCUGCCCGCUGCGAUGUUCCAGACGCUCGCCCCGGUCACCACCGUGACUCCGGCCAGCGAGAGCCAGACGGGCGCCGGGGCCAGCGCCUCUGCUCUGUCCCCGUCGGCUUCGUCGAGUCCGCAGCACGGAGAGGGGCCGAAGAAGAUGGGCAAGGAGAUGUUCAAGGAUUUCCAGCUGGCGAAGCCUCCAGCCAUGCCGUCCAAGAAGGGCGAACAGCCCAGUCUGGCGGGAACCUCAGAGGCGUUCAGCUCUUACUUCAGCCGCGUGGGCACCGCCCAGGACACGGACGACUGCGACGACUUCGACAUUUCCCAAAUGAACCUGACGCCGGUCACUUCCACGACGCCGUCCACCAACUCCCCUCCUACGCCGGCCCCCAGGAAGAGCUCCCCGUCCAAGUCCUCGGCCUCUCACGUCAGCGACCCGCCCACGGACGCCACAGACCCGCCCACGGACGACUCGUUCGGAGAAGCGGAGGGCAGCCCCAGUCGCAGCGGGGAGGAGGACGCUGCGUGUGGUUCUGGGUCACCCUGCCCCAGUGAGACAGCAGAGCCCAGCCCAGAACAGGCCAGUCCAGAGGCUGGGAGCUAGAUGGCAGCAGGGCAGGAAGGGGAAGGACCCUCUCUACGCCCAGAUCAACAAGGGGAAGAAAUAAAGAGAUACCCAGGAAGACAGACCUGACCAGCACUGAGUGAACAGGAGGAGAACCCUUUACCUCUGAGUGUGCGUGCGUGUGUGUUUGCGGGUGCGUGCAUGUCUGGCACAUCCCUGCCUGGCCAAGCCCUUCAUCUUCUUUUCCUGCUAACAACCUCCCAGGAGGUGCUUCAACACUCCCACACGCCUCCUCCUCCUCCUCCUCCUCUCUGCAGUCGUUCCUCCUCCUCAGAGGAGCGAGCCCUCUCAGUCAUUCUCCACAGGCAGGAGGGACAUCCAUCACCCAGACAGGCCCAGCUCUCCCUCCGCCACGCUGUCUUCUCCGCUCCUCUCUCCUCUCCCCUUUGGCGACUCACACCCAGCCUUACGGACAUGAGCCACUCCUCUCCCUCCUUUCUUUCCCUCCCUCCGUCACUUUCACACCCUUUCCUCUGCCUAUCACAUCUGACCAGAGACUCUGCUGCCUGGAAGAGACUGAGUCGAGCAGUGCCUCCCUGUUUGUGACACGCACACACACACAUACGCACACACACCCUUUGCACUCGUCGUGUGUAACGGACAGAACCUGCAUCCGUCUAGCGAGGCGAUCCCUCAGGGAGGUGCCCAGACUCUUAGGGAUGGCCCGUUACCGGGGAGGGGGAUCACUGCUUCUGAUUGGUUGGUUGAUUGAUUUUUGGGUAUUUUCUGCCCCUUGCUUGUGAGUGUCUGCUGGAUCACUAUGCAGAAUCAGACUCUCUGGGAGCUACUCACACACCAACUCCACGCAUCCUUUGCACACAGCAGUGAGCCUACAUGCAAAGACACACGCACACACACACACAAAGCCAUGCCACACCUUGUGUAACAUGCGUACACGCAGUAAUUUGCCAAACGUCUCUGCGGCGCACAGCCAGACUGGCGAACCGGACCGCUGGUGGAGGAAUGGACCCCGGGAGGGAAGAGCUGCGAGUUGAAACAGAUUCUGUGAUUGAACUCUUCAUUCUCUAUAGCUUUUUGUACAAUAAUGAUUUAAAAAAAAGGAAAAAAGA